AUGCUCGUCGUACGGUAUCUAAUUGCGCUCGUGUUCUCCAUCUUUAUGAUGGCCACCUCGUUGCGCAUCGCGGAGCGUUUGGGCCGUAAUGGCAACUACAAGAUCUCAACACCUGAUCGCCUGGUGCUGCAAAUGAAGCGACGCGGCGACAAAGUUAAGCGCCAACAGCUGCAGCGACGACGCCUGGGCUGGUGA